AUGAACUACCAAAUCGAGAACCUAAGCCUCACACCCGGAGGUUUCAACACUCCACCCGUCCGCCGCAGCCCCCGCCGCCACAACCCCGAGGGCUCCCGCUUCGCGCCCCCGGAGUACAUCGAGGCGCAGCUGAGAUCCGACCCGCCCAAGAACCUCAGCCCCGUCUGCAUCGCCGCGCUGCCGCACGUGCCGCAGUUCGGCAAGACGAUGGGCGUCGAGCUCAUGACGCUGGAGCACCUGAGGCGGUCCGAGAGAGUAACGCGGCGGAACACGGGCGGCGCGGUGCUGUACAUCCCGCUGCAGAGGAUGUGGCCGGCGCAGCAAACCUCGGGCCCGCCGCCGCCACCGCAGAUGCUGGUGUGGGGUUACUGGAAGGUGCACGAGCAGACUAUCCCGGUGGUGAAGCCGGCGCACCGGCCGAUGGACGAGUGGCGCCUCGAACAAAAGGACAUCCUGCUGCCGCUGCGCUUCGCGGAGUACGCGGACGGCAGCCUGGGCCCCUGGCAGUACCGGUUCGUGAAGCGGUGCGACGUGGCGGAUUGGGGGUCGCGGGUCAAGAAGAACGGCUCCUUCUUCGCAACGCAGAUCCUGUACAAGGACAUCUUCUCCCUCCUCUGGUACCUCGAGCGCCGCGCCCUCUACGACGCCAAGUGCCUCGAGUGCCUGUACCCCCGCGAGUGGACGGACCCGAUGUACGAGCAGCAUGCGGGCUUUUCGGCCACGCGGAUGCCGGCGUUUGACCAGGCGCUCGCCAACUACACGACACGUGUAUCCAGGGGGGACCUGUACGACAGCGAUGUCGAGCCCUGUGGUGAGUUCGAGGCGGACCCUAUGUCGAUGGGGCUGCAGGAGAAGAUUGACCGGUGGGUGCUUUUGGAACCGGACUCUACGGAUGGGGGAGAGCCGGAUGCUGUGUGGUGA